AUGUAUUUGUGAUGACGUCACUUCCGCCGUAAACAUCCUAUCUAUUAAUACAGAUGUAGUGUCGCUGCCUGUGGGUAAUUGUUCGACUAUUAAAAGUUGCAGAACUAGAUAUACGAAAGUUGAAUCAUAAUACAGACGGACUAGUAAGACGUAUUUAAGCGUCAUUUAAUCGAUCGAAACAAAGCAGAAAAGAAAUGGAUGAAAAUAUUCCUGAAAAGAAUAAAAACAAACAAUCUGAAAGUGAUAUCAAAGAGAAUGAAACAUGUUCUCAUACUAAUGAAAUUAAUGAGAAUAACAAUAAGCAAGUUAAUUAUAAAACAAAAGCAGAAAAUGAUUCUGUUUCAGAAAAGGAACAAGAAAGUAGAAGGAAAGUUCAACAUAUUACAAUUCCCAGUUCUCCUUUAGGUGGAAUUUUAUUUCCAGGAGUGCCAGCAUCACCUCCAAGAUUUGUUUCUUUAGAACAAAUAAUGAAAGCUGCUAAUGGUGUUUCAAAUAUGGUCUUGGCUCAUGAAAUAGCUGUAAACAAGGAUUUUGUUUUAGAAAAAAUAACACCAAAUGAAGAUAGUUUGCAGGGCCAAGUAAAGAACAUUGUACAUAAAGCAUUUUGGGAUGUUUUGCAAAGUCAGUUAUUGGAAGUUCCUCCCAAUUAUUCACAAGCUAUGGUACUAUUAAAAGAUGUUAAGGAAGGUCUGUUAUCACUGUUACUUCCUCAUCAUACAAGAAUUAAGACACAGAUUUGUGAAGUUUUGGACAUUGAUUUGAUUCAACAACAAGUUGAGCAUGAUGCUCUUGAUUUCCAACAUUAUGCACAAUAUGUUUUAUCCAUAAUGUCUAGCUUGUGUGCUCCUGUAAGAGAUGCAAGAAUUAGAGAACUGAUGACAGUCAUUGAAAUUUUGCCACUUUUCAAAGGUAUUAUUGAAAUGUUAGAUUUAAUGAAAUUGGACAUGGCAAAUUUCACAAUUCAGCAGAUUCGACCUCAUAUUCAGCAGCAAUCUAUCGAAUAUGAACGCAAAAAAUUUCAAGAAUUUUUGGAAACUCAUGCAGAAUUGGCUGACAAUGUGGAUGGUUUAGAAUGUACCAGAGAAUGGCUUAAACGUAAUUAUAAAAAAGUUAUGGAUGCAUCAAAAGAUCUCCCUAAUAAUGAAGAACAAGCUCCAUCCUAUACAAAAAUAUUAACAUCAUCCUAUUUAGAACUUCUGGAAUGGGAUGAUAAAAAUUUGUUUCCUGAAACUCUUCUUAUUGAUCAAGCUCGAUUUUUAGUUUUGAGAGACCAAGUCUAUCAAUCAACUUUAAUUGCAAGCAUUUUACUUAUUACUUACAAUACUGCUGGGGAGCGAAUUUAUGAAAUAUCUGAUUUUAAAGAGACCUUAAAAAACCACUUAGCUAUUUUAUUGGAAGGAAUUGAAAAAUGCAGUGAGGAGGAAGUUCAAAAUAAAUUGGAGAAUGUGGUUGAACAAGUGAUUCAAGAAACAAAAGGAUGUUUGGAGAAACAUAAAAUUGGUGAAUUGAACAAGAUGCAAGAGGACAUGUUACGUGGUCAAAUAAAAGACAUUGUUUCUCCUAAUAAUCGAGUCUGCAAACUCAUUAAAAACAGAAUUUUGACUUUUAUCGAAGAAGUGAUGACAUCACAGACAGCCAGUCCUGUCAAAGUACCCACAGGUCUGUCAGUUCUGCAGAGCAACUUGUCAUGUACCACUGGGCAAUUCCUCAGGUUGGUUUCUCAUAAUAGAGCCGUAUUUGGUGAAUAUUAUGCCGACAUUAUAAACACGAUCAGACAUGCACAUGACAACUAAACAAGUUUAGUGCAGUCAUAAUUUAUUUUGUGCCUAAAAAUCUAAAAAUUACAUCAAUAGUAUAGUAUGAAUGUGGAUAUUAUCUUUUCUCUCUACUGUAUAUAUCUACAGUAUAAAAUACUAAAAAGUGAAUAUAAAGUGAUAGUAAUUUAUCAAAUAUGCAAUCAAAGAAACACUAUUAUUUUAAUAAUAAAGGUCAUUAU